AUGUCCGGCAGAAAUGCCAGCGGGCAGGUCCAGAGCCGUCAGUGCAUUGAGGCCGUCAUCAAAUUCGCCUUCGAGGAGAGGCUCUUCCUCAUGGCUGACGAGGUGUACCAGGACAACGUGUAUGCUGAGGGUUCGGCCUUCCACUCCUUCAGGAAGGUGCUGACAGAGAUGGGGCCGCCCUACCUGGACUCGGUGGAACUCACCUCCUUCCACUCCAUCUCCAAAGGCUUCACGGGCGAGUCAGUGACCUCCCACGGCCACCCCCACCCCGAGGUGGCCACCACAGGUCCUGGGGAGCCACAGAGUGGGGAUGAGGAUGGUGGAACCCCAUGGGCCUCAAGGGGGUGCCCUAUUGCUACGCGCCUAUUGCUGCGCGCCGCCCUCCGCUCGCCCUGCGCCCCCCUGCGCCUGCUCUGCCGCGACUUCCACGCCGAGGAGCUCUCCGUCUCCACCGUCGUCUCCCUGCUGGACUCCCUGGAGCCUGCCGCCAUCCGCAGAGUUGUUUUACGCUUCAACAACCCGGGGCUGGCGGGGCUGUGCGAAGUGCUGCCUCACCUCGGCCGCUUCCCCGCGCUGCGCAGCCUCAAGCUGCCCUACAGCAACGUGGACGUGCGCCGCACGGCCCCCGGCCCAGACGCCAGCAUCCGCUGCUUGGCCGCUCACCUCCGGGCCCUGCCUGCCCUCAAGGAACUCGAUUUGUACUCCUCCAGGCUUUCUGGGAGACUCAGGCAGCUCCUGGGCGAGCUGCAGACUCCCCUGGAGAGUCUGGCGCUGGCCUUCUGCUGCCUGCUCCCCUCCGACCUCAUCUUCCUGUCCUCGAGCCUCCACGCGCCCUCCCUGCUCCAACUGGACCUGAGCGGCCACAACCUCACGUCCCCCAGCCUCCUGCAACCCUUGCGGACGCUGCUGGAAGCCGCUUCGUGCUCGCUGCUGCAGCUGGAGCUGCUGGAGUGUCAGCUGGGGGACGCGGAGCUGGAGCUGCUGCUGCCGGCGCUGCGCCGCUGCCGCCGCCUCGGUCUCCUCGGCACCCCCCUGAGCGCGGCGGCGCUGCGGGCCCUGCCCGACCUGCGCCUCGUGGGCUACUCGCAGCCGCCGCGGGGCUCCGGCCACCACACCCCCACGCAGGGGGAGGAGGGUUUCCCGGCGGAGCUGUGCCGGCUGCUGGCGAGCGCGGGUAGAGCAGACGCCGUGUGGGCGACCAGCCUCCAGCGCUACGGAGCCAUCGACUACUUCAGCUUGUAGC